AUGGUCAUGGCACAAUCCACUCCUCGAGUUUGGUUGAUUACUGGUUCUUCCACUGGGUUCGGCAGGGCGAUGGUGGAAGAAGUCCUGCUUAAUGGCGAGAUUGCUGUCGCGACUCUGCGCAAGCCCUCCGUCCUCGAUGAUCUCGUCGCCAGAUACCCGCGCACCCAGCUCCUAGUACUUCCACUGGACGUGACGAACGAGGUGCAGGUCAAAUCUGCCUUCGUGCAGGCCAAGGACACCUUUGGACACGUCGAUGUCGUGUAUAACAACGCGGGGCAGGUGUUGUUUCAGGAGUUGGAGGGGGGUACCAAUGGACCGUGCCAGGGCGCUGAUGGAUCCUUGGAUUCGUUCACUGAAGUUCUGGCACAGGAGCUCCUUCCCGCUUGGAAUAUUCGGAUCGUGAAUGUCCACCCGGGUUCGACGCGUACCCCCCUUAUGUUAAGUGAGAUGCUCGAACCUCCAGCACUGUAUGCAUCGGAACCAACAGCUGUGACGACGAAGUUGCGUGCUGAGGCAGAUACGCUCAUCGCAAGCGAUGCACUGAUUGGUGUUGAAGCUGUGACGAAGCGCAUUUGGUCCGUGACGCGUAUGGACAACGAGGACCUGCGGAAGGGUAUGCAAGAAGGCAUUCCAGGCCUCGUGAACAUGCAUACGGGCAUGGACUCGCUGGGGCGUGUGCAUGCAAAGAUCGGGCGACUGCAGGGUGAGCUGAUGUGGAACAUGAAGGUUCAUUAUGAACACUAG